AUGGGCGUGGCCCUGGCAGUAGAUAUCAAAAACGUGGUGCCAGUGCCAGUCAAUCGAAAAUUUGUCAUACAAUCAGUGCAAACUAAUUCUGAUAACGACUUUGUGGAAUAUUUUAGAAAAGUGCCCAAUGAACGAUUCCUUUACACCUUUCGCGUAGUCAAACCAGCUACGUCCUUCACAAUCAGUAUUACCCUGAGUACCGUAAAGUCCAAACGGAUAAUGUACAAAAUUGACAAAUUGAACGGCUGUCAAUUCUUGAAAAACCAGAUGAUGAACAAGUUUCUGUCACAGAUCUAUCGAGCCUUAGUCGUGAACAACACAUUAUUUGAGUGCCCGAUCCGUGCGAACGUUUACUUCCUGAGGAAUUUGAUCAACCCCAAGAUUAUGCCCCACUUUCACCCGCUCGGCUACUAUCAACUAAGCAUACGCAUUGAAAUGCCGGAGAACCGAAAGCCGUUGAUUAUGGAGAUUCUCUCAAAGUAUUUUGUGCUAGCCAUAAAAUGA